AUGAUUGUCAAGCUGGGUUUGGAGACCCGUAAACACCCUCAUCCUUAUAACCUAUGGUGGCUUAACAACCAGCGGCAACUCAAGGUCACUAAACAGGUCACUGUUCCAAUUACCAUUGGGCGAUAUGAGGACGAGGUCAUUUGCGACGUUUUACCUAUGGAGGCCGGUCAUUUACUUCUAGGACGGCCGUGGCAGUUUGACAAGAAGGCGAUCUAUGAUGGGUUCUCAAACAAGCAUUCCUUUGAGCACCAAGGUCGCAAGAUCGUCUUAGCACCCUUGUCACCACAUGAAGUCUAUCUCGAUCAAGUUAAGCUGGAGCAGAACUCUAAGGGUAAAGGCAUUAUGAGCGAAUCCCAAAACACUUCACUUCAAAAGAGAGAGUCUGAGAAAAACCUAGAAAUGGCCUGUGAGGGAAAUCCCGUGAGCAAAGAUUCUUUUCUUGUGAGGCCUAGCGAGGUGAAAUACGCCAUGGUUACAAAGCAAACCUUUGUCCUUCUCAUUUUUAAAGAAGCUUUGGCUAGCCAUACUGACCCCGAGCCGGUUUUACCGAGCAGAAUUUCUCAUGUUUUGCAGGAUUUUUCUGAUGUCUUUCCGGAAGACGACCCAGGUGGCUUACCUCCCAUCCGAGGCAUUGAACACCAAAUUGACUUUGUGCCCGGAGCCACCCUCCCUAACCGACCUGCCUACCGCACUAAUCCAGUUGAAACCAAGGAGCUUCAAAGACAGGUGGAUGAACUUCUGACCAAGGGUUACAUUCGCGAGAGCAUGAGUCCAUGUGCUGUGCCGGUCUUACUCGUGCCCAAGAAGGAUGGAACUUGGAGGAUGUGUGUUGACUGCCGAGCCAUCAACAACAUAACGGUUAAGUAUCGCCAUCCUAUACCUAGGCUAGACGAUAUGUUAGAUGAGCUUCAUGAUUAG